GAGAAAAUCAUGGAAGGAAGAACAUCAUCUUCAAGUCAUUUUCGUAUACCAAAGAAGAAAACAAACACCAAGUCAGAGGAUGUCCAAGUUCAGUUCCCUUUGGCAAGGCUCCCAGGCUCCCACCAUUGGGACUACCCUUUAAAAGAGUGGAAAUUAAGUGCCAACAACAGAGACCCUUCCACAAAAGGAAAAAGGCGAAAGGACUCUGACAGGCACAGCUCUAAUGAUGAAGACUCAGUUGGGCAACCUAAAGUUAUAUUGACGAAUGUCCUGAGGACGAAAAUAGGAAGAAAAUACACACAGGCGCAACCUAAAACUGGUGCUAAUUUUUCUGAUGCUGGCAAGCUGCAAUCAGAUCAACCACCCUCAUCAUCUGCUGCCAGUCUAAAGAUAUGGCAAAUUUUAAACCCUACUCUCCAAAGCCUUUUUCUGUCUAAAAGGCAACCCAAAGUUAUUUUGACGAAUGUCCUGAGGACGAAAAUUGGAAGAAAAUACAUAGACAGCCACGUAAUAAUUGAUGCGAAUGUGUCUGAUGCUGACCAGUUACAAUCGGGUCAGCUACCCUCAUCAUCUGUUGCCAACCUACAGACGUGUCAGAUACUAUGUUCUCCUCAUGAAGGUUCUUUUCUGUCUGAAAGGUCUGAGCAUUGCCGGAGAAAAACAGAUGAUCUGUGUAAAUUGACCAAGGCUUCUAAGGAACCAGAAAAAAAUAAUGUCUUCACUUUUAGAAGAUGGGAGCUGCAGAAGAAAGAAAACAGGAACUGUGAUGAACUGGAAAAGAGGAGCAGAAACGUGAACAGCACCACUCUUACUAAGAAGGAAUUGGCCUCUCUUGAUUCUGAGAAAAGGAAAAGAAGAUCUAGUGGCCAUAUUUCUGAUGACUGUAAUGCAUGCAUUCCAGAAAAAGCACUUCUACUGUCUAAAGAGCAAAGAUUAAGUUCAACUCUGUCUCCUGGACACAGAAGAUUGUGUGAGGAUGGACAAAGUCGCGGAUCUGAUACAGUUCUGGUGCCGGAUUGUAUUCCACAGCCACUAGAGAGGGACUAUAAAGACACUUCCACACAGAACCACUUAAGGCCUGCUCCUAUCUGCACAGAGGAACUUGGCUCAGAGUCUUCUCCUGGAAAUUUGUCAGAGAAACAGCUUUCUGCCACCUGUGAGGAUGUGAUUUCACCACGAGUCAGUACCAUCAGGAAAGUAAAGAUGGACACAUCACAGUACCUGAGCAAGCUGCGGAACAGAAUCCGCAGGGUUAAUCGGCAACUUGUUUCAGUUGACCCAAUUGUCCUUUCCAGUGAUGAUGAAGAUGGACCUUCUGAACCAAAAAGCACAGAGCUGCUGCAGGAUAAUAUCACUGACAAUAAAGAAACAGACCAACAGUCUGACUUCUGUUUCUCCGGAAAGCAACUGGACAACAAGCUGGAAAGUCACACUGAGCAGUCUUUAACAGAGUCAGUUGAAGAUAAAUGUCCUAUCAGCUUACCUUCUGGAAGCACACCUAGAAAACGGAUGAACCCAGCACUGGAUGUUAAAUUUGAUAGUCUAUACAUUGGGAAAUUUAAAUGGUUAUCAACAGAUCCUGCUAGGUUUACAACCAAGUAUAUUACGAUCCCAUUUCAGGUGGCUCUUAAUAAGAAUGUUAAGCUGACAGUGGAUACUCUGGACCUGAGAAGGUUUGGCUUGUGGAGAAGUGAUGGUGACUGUUCUUCAACAACAGUAAUUUUCCUCUGGUUGUCUGUGGAUUGUGUAGAAAAGAUUGAAACCCAAUUGGGAAAGUUAGUUACCAGCAAACCAUCCAAGUGUAGUGAAUUUGUAUUUCUUGAAUUGUCCCAACCACUCGCAGAAUGGGAAGAAGACAGACUGACUGAAUUGAUUACAGAUGUGAGCAAGAAGAACAGAGCACCAGAUCUCACUGACUUUUUGUCUUUGAAGCAAGUGUUACUCUUGUUUAAGGAUCUUUCUCCUGAAGAAAGCUCUUUUAUGAGUUACAGUAAGGAUCUGCAAAAGCAACGUAUGCCAAAAGAGAAUACCUCAGAUGCUCCUGAGCCUGCAGUUCAGGAAUCAAAACCGAAAGUGUCCAGGCCCAGUUAUGCCCUUGCAAAUAAGCAGAAUAGUGGUUGCUAUUCUAUCUCUCUGUCCUCUGCACUGAAUGAAGAAUGGAAGGAAGUAAGAGAAACCGGAGCAGUUAAGAAUUUAAUUGUUUAUCCACCCCCACCUGCAAAAGGAGGACUGGGAGUCACAAGAGAAGACCUAGAGUGCUUAGAAUAUGGAGAGUUCCUCAAUGAUGUCAUCAUUGAUUUCUAUCUUAAAUACCUGUUGUUGGAGAAGGCACCAAAACAUCUUGCUGAUCGUACACACAUUUUUAGCAGUUUCUUCUAUAAGUGUCUGACCAGGACAGAAAAAAACGCUGAGGGAGAUCUCAAAGUUUCAGCAGCACAGAGAAGACACAGAAGAGUAAGAACAUGGACUCGUCAUAUAAACAUCUUCAGUAAAGAUUAUAUCUUUGUGCCUGUGAACGAGGAGUCUCAUUGGUACAUGGCAGUUAUCUGUUUUCCUUGGUUAGAAGAAGCUGUAUAUGAGGAGUGUCCCCAUCAGAAUUCAUUAGAUCAGCAGCCUCAACAGUCUCCACUUCAGUCAGAGAAUGAGAACACUAGAACUGGUUCAUUGUUGGCCUUCCUUCAUAACUGCAAGGAUGAAGAAGAAAUGAAUGCUAACAGAAGUUUAUUCUCAAAAGGUGGUGAUGAAAUUGCUGCUUCUGCUUCAGUCCUGGAUUCGGGUAUUUCUAAGAUGUCCCUAAGUAAUUCCAAAAGGCAGAUAUGUAAAAGGCCUUGUAUACUCAUCUUAGAUUCUUUGAAAGCUGGUUCCGUACAGAAAACAGUUCAGGUUUUGAGAGAGUACCUUGAAGCAGAAUGGGAAGCUAAACGAAAAACACAUCGAGAAUUCAAUAAAUACACUAUGAUUGACCUGUGUCCCAGAGUGCCUAAACAAGAUAACAGCAGUGAUUGUGGUGUCUAUUUGCUGCAGUAUGUGGAAAGCUUCUUCCAGAAUCCCAUAGUUAACUUUGAACAGCCUCUGCAGCUGGAGAAGUGGUUCCCUCGUCAACUGAUCAGAAGCAAAAGAGAAGAAAUUCGAGACCUGAUCUUGCAACUGCACUUUCAACAGCAUAGUGGCAGCAGCAGCUAAUAAAUCUAAUAUGCCAGACCUGGCAAAGAACAUUGCUGUAUAAAUUAACUGGAACUCUGCUUAGCAGCGUUUGGACUCUUUCUGCCUUGCAAUGAAGGAAAAAAAAAAAACCAAUCAACCCCAACGGAAGUAUUUUCUUUGUUCAUUGUGUAUUUAUUUAAAGACUUUUUUUAUUUGCAUUUCCUUUUUCAUAGAAUGAAGUUGUGGGGUAUAAGGAGAAAGUUGUAGAUAAAAGUGUAAAUAUGUAAGUUAAGGGUAAUACAUACUGAUUGAUAAUUGGUUCUUUACUUUGAAUAUGAAAGCUGCAUACAGGUAUGCGCCACAAGGAUGGAAAAAUAUUUUCAUCUUUUGGAGCCUGUUCUUUACAAUUCCAUAUAAACAUGGAUGAUCAUAUAGGAGUCAGGCCUGAAGGCAAGAUUUUUGACCCUAUACUGUGUCUCUCUUGAUUUUGCAGCUCAUACAGAUAAAAUGAAUACUAUGUAUUGUUUUAAGGAUCUAAUAUUGACUCUCUUUAGAGAUGUAUUUUUUGUUUUGUUUCUGAUUAUGUACAGAAGUAGUCUGCAUGUGUCAGAAAAUUCUGCCAAGAUUUGAGGCUGCUGAGUU